AUGGCUGCUCCGACAGAUCAGCGGAUUGCCGUCCCCAUUGACGACCCCAACGCCGACACAGAAUGGAACGAGAUAUUGAGGAAACAUGGAGUCAUUCCCGAGAAGCCGCCUAGCCCGACCCCCAUGAUUGAAGAGGCGAUUCUUGAAGGGCGAAGAUUGGCACAUGAGAAUCGAUUAGAAGGCAAAGACCUGGACGAGCUUGACGAGCUUGAGGAUGAUGAAGAUGAAGAGUUCCUCGAGCGGUACCGCCAGCAAAGGAUGCGCGAGCUAGACGCCCUGACUAAGAAAUCCCUACACGGCAGCGUCUACCCCCUUACAAAGCCAGAAUAUUCACGCGAGGUCACCGAAGCAUCGAACAAUGGGGUUGUCUUGGUCAACCUCACCGCAUCCAUGGGCACGAAUGUGGAGUCCAGGGUGCUCACAGAGCUCUGGCGGCAGGCAGCGAAGGAAUAUGGCGACGUCAAGUUCUGCGAGAUGCGAGCGAACCAGGCCAUCGAGAACUACCCAGACAAGAACUGCCCCACGAUCCUCGUCUACAAGAACGGAGACAUUGUGAAGCAGGUGGUCACCCUAGUGACUGUCGGCGGUGCACGGAUGAACAUGCUCGACCUCGACAAGAUUCUAGUCGAAGUAGGCGCAGUGCAAGACUCGGAUAUGAGAGUAUUGAAGAGGAGGAGAGAAGCAGAGGACGCCGAAGAGGAGCGUCUGGCGGGCACGAACAAAAGUGUGAGAAGUAGCGCUCGUCAGAAUGACGAUGACGACGACGACUGGGAUUGA